GAUAAGAAACAUAUACAUAAACGUGUUGAAUUUGAUCACAUCUAAACCUAAAUUGACUUUUUCGAACACAAUGUCACGAUGGUGCUUGCUUAUUCUUGCAUUAGGAAUGCUUAAUUCCAAUUUCAUAACCGCAAUUGCUGCCAGUGACGUGGAAACAAGGUUACGGUCUUUGGAGCACCAGAUGAAAGCAAUAUCCGAAUCGAACCAGGCAGAUAUUAAGGCCCUCCAGUCUCUAGUGCAAGACCAACAAAACAAAAUUGAUCACCUGGAACAUGAAACCGAGGCGCAGAAGCGAUUAAAUGGACAACUACUGGCUGCAAUGAGGAAUGUCUCGGGUGUUUCAAUGUCCAGAAGAGCAAAUGCAAAGAAGGAUCAACCGCCAGAAGUUGUUUCAUUCACAGCUGUAAAAGCUAAUGACCAAAUCCACAUUGGCAUCAACCAAAACAUUAUCUUCGAACAAGUCAUCAGCAACAUCGGUAACGGGUACCACGCAGACCAUGGACUAUUCGUUGCACCUACUAGCGGAAUCUACCUUUUCUCAACCAGCCUACUGCACAGGGCGACCAUUGGUCAACCACUUCACGCGGAGAUUACGCACUCAGGUGUCCCCGUUGUUAGGAUACACGGAGACGAUAACAUAUACGACUCCGGCAGCCAAACGGUCAUCAUACAGGUCAACCAAGGGGAGGAAGUGUGGGUCAGAAAUAUUGAUUAUAACGACGAAAACAUUGCUGGGAGUUUAUUCAGCUCAUUUGCUGGUGUUCUGAUUGUACCAAUGUAGGAGAGGCGGCAGGCAACAUGCAUAAGAUCCCAUGUUUCAUGUUAAAUAAAGUUAAUUCGCUUAGUUA